GAGGAGGAGGAAGGCCGCCGCCCCCGCCGCGCGUGUCAUCAUGGAGAUGGAAGAGGCCUUCUCUCUGGUGGGUCAGAUGGGCCCCUUCCAGGUCUGGCUUUGCGUCUUGCUGGCCGCGCUGCUCCAGCUCUAUGUAGCCAGUGAAGCAAUCCUCAUUGCACUAGUCGGAGCAACCCCACCUUAUCACUGGGAUCUUGAAGGAAUAUUAACUAAUCAAAGCCAUAGUAAUAACACAACUAUUGAAGAAAGUGGAAACUUUGGAAAGUGGCUCCUAACAGCCAAUGGGAGUGAGCUUCAUAAAUAUGUACAUUUUGGCAGCAAUUUUACAUCAAUAGCCUCUGAGUGGUUUUUGAUUGGCAGUACUUCAUAUAAGAUCAGUGUUGCCAGUUCAUGUUUCUUUGGAGGUGUAUUUGUUGGAGUAAUUACUUUUGGACAACUAUCAGAUCAUUUUGGGCGGAAAAAAGUCUUUCUUAUAGGUUUUGGCCUUGACAUUGUAUUUGCUGUUGCUAAUGGAUUUUCUCCUACAUAUGAGUUCUUUGCAGUCUCUCGUUUCUUGGUGGGAAUAAUGAAUGGUGGCAUGUCACUGGUUGCUUUUGUCCUGUUGAACGAAUGUUUGGGGACUGCUUAUUGGGCGUUGGCAGGAUCACUUGGUUGCCUCUUCUUUGCUGUGGGAAUUGCACAAUAUGCUUUGUUAGGAUAUCUUAUUCGCUCCUGGAGAUUAUUAGCAGUGGUGGUUAACCUGGAGGGAGCACUAGUCUUUCUCCUUUCUCUAUUCAUUCCUGAGUCACCUCGUUGGUUAUACUCACAAGGUCGGCUACAUGAAGCUGAAGAUUCUCUCUACCUCAUUGCAAAGAGGAACUACAAGCCCAAGUGCACCUUUUCACUUAAAGUUCCAACUGCAUGGAGUUGUAAGGAGUCUUGUAGCAUUAUGGACCUGUUCCGAUACAAGAUCCUUUUGGGACGUACUGUAGUCAUGCUGUUCAUCUGGUUUGUAUGCAGCUUGGUUUAUUAUGGUCUUACUCUCAACGUGGGUGACCUGGGCGGCAGUAUCUAUGCUAAUUUGGCCCUUUCUGGUCUAAUAGAGAUUCCUGCAUACCCGCUCUGUGUUUAUUUGAUAAGCCAGAAAUGGUUUGGCCGUAAACGGACACUUGCUGCAUUUUUGUUCCUGGGUGGACUGGCCUCCCUUCUUGUCAUGUUCCUUCCACAAGAGAAAGCUACAGGAGUAUUUGCAGUUGUGAACAGCCGCUCUUUGUCUCUACUCGGAAAACUGACAAUCAGUUCUGCAUUCAACAUUGUGUAUAUCUACACAUCAGAACUCUAUCCUACCGUAAUCAGGAAUGUUGGAAUGGGAACUUGUUCUAUGUUUUCUCGAGUUGGUGGGAUUAUUGCUCCUUUUGUCCCAUCUCUGAAAGUUAUAUAUUGGUAUCUGCCAUAUAUUGUGUUUGGAGUGGCAAGUUUGUUAUCUGGUCUUCUGAGUCUCUUACUGCCAGAAACCCUAAAUAACCCACUGUUGGAGACAUUAUCUGAUAUACCAGUUUGCUCAUAUCGAAGGCUGCGGGGUGAAGCCAUGUCACUGAAGAUAUUAGAAGAUUCACAGUCUGACCAAGAUAAUUCAUCCAGGACUGAAAGUGAUGAUGAAGAAUUCUAUGAUGCCAGUGAAGAGACUCAAAUGAUCAAGUGAUGGAUAAACAUUCCUGUUCAAUAUUUUUUGUCGUCUUUGUGGAGAAAAAGCUGGGUAAAUCCUAGUUAAAUGCCAGGUGCAAUUGUGGCCAGUAGUAAUAUGAUACUGUGCUUACUUUUAAGAAAAAAUAAGUUAUGGUUCAGUUAUCAGACUGUAACAAAAGGCUACUGCCACCAGGUGGCUCCCUUGACACAUGGAGCUGAUUGAUUUGGGGCAGUAAGAAAUACGGAAGUGGACUCUAUAGUUGUGAAUCAGGACACAUCUUCCAUCCGUUAUGCAGCCAAAUCUUCAGCGUAUGUUAGGAUUUUCUUUGCAAUUUGUUUUUGUUAAGUAAAUUUCAUGUUUGUUGCACUUAGUCUACUGAAAAAUUGACCAUGGAAAGCCAAUAUUAACUAUUGAAUAGAAAGAAUUGGUUUCAGAUAUUGCAAGAUGUUACAUUUAUGCUGUGAAAUCUAAUGCUGUAUAUAAUACAGAACUGGUGAAUGUUCAGGAUUCUGUAGUGUAUGAAAAUGCUGCAAAGAGUAGAGGUUCGUAAAUUGGAAUGAUUGAUGUUAAAAGGCAACUGAAUCACACUGUGAUGGAUCUGUGACAUCAUUUUUUCAGAUUUAGUUUUAAUUCUUGCCAAAGACCCUCCUUGAUCUCUUUCAACCUACAGUGUUUCCAUAUCCAGCAAAAACUAGCUUCUCCGUCCUCUUUCACGUUCGUAUUUGUGCAAUAUCAGGGGACUACAUGAAUAUUUAUGUGAAUAUAGCAGAACGUAUCCUUGAAAUCAA